GGCAACUAUGCUCUAAAUAUCUGAUAGUGAUAACUGUCGCUUUAUCUCAGUUUUGUGAUACCAAUAUAAAAAUAGGUUCAUAAAGUAGUUGCUCGGUGUUUCCCGCAUUUUAUCUUUAAUUAUGUUUAGAUGAGAUUAGUAUUCAGUAUUACUUUAUAACAGGUUACAAAAGUUCACAGGCUUUGGAUAUGUGACAAUAUAUUAAGAUUAAUAUUCACCAUGUUUCAACCUUAUCAGGUCAAUUAUCUACACACACUAAGGGAUAUGUUUCCCAGAACAAAUGAAGAUGUUCUUAAUGAUGUCAUUGAAUUAGUACUGGAAAAUAGUCCGGAAGAUUCAUUUGAGCAGAAAAUUGAAAAUAUGAUCAAUAUGUUGACUGCUGAAGGAGCUCAAGGACCAAUACCUAAUAUAUCAACACCUUAUAAUGCGUUGUUUAAACAUCUGACUUCUAUAUAUGUAGAUGUAGAUGAAAGUUAUUUGCGAAGAUAUGCUGAAGGCAAACCUGAUCAUUUCAAUAUUGAUGAUGCACUUGAUGAGCUAUCCCUUUGCAAUUUACCAACAAAAAUGAAUGAUCCAACAAGGAUUUGGGAACAACUCAAGUCUGUUUUACCAAAUGCUGAUCCUUCCUAUUUAAAAAAACAAGCCAAUAAAUUUGCUUCACUUCCCACUACUGAGUUGAAUGUUUUUCUACAAAAUGCUAUUGAAAAUAAUAACUACCCUUCAAUGCAAGAAUAUCUUCAGAACAAAAAACAUGAUGAUGAAGUAGCAAAGUACACAGAAAAUUUUGAUAUAGAUAAAUUUUUGGAAACUAUUCCCAAUCCAAUAGAAAAAUUUAGUGAUCCAAAUAGAUUGUUGAUUUUGAAUGAUAAUUCCGAUCAAAAUGAUGAAGACUAUGCCUUGCAAUUUUUGUACAAUCAAUUUAGAUUUAUAAGACGAAAAUACAUAGAUUUAUUGUUUAAGUGGAAAAAGAAAAAUUUGGUGGCUGUAUGUGAUGAAUUAGAAAAUUUGGGUAAUAGUUUAAUAACACCAAGACCUGUUGCGAACGAGGUAGAUUCCAAAAAUAUUCAAUUAUUGCAAGUGGUAGCUUACCUGCAACAUCGCAAGUUGAUUAAAAGAGAACUGAAAUCUAAAGAUGAACAAUAUUUGAAAGCCAAAGAAGAAGCAAGGAAGUAUGGUUUAUUAGAAACCUGCCAAUGUUGUUUUGAUGAUGAAUUAAUACCCGAAGAAUGUUACUUCUGUAUGAAAGGCUGUGUUUUUUGUAAAAGUUGUGUCCAAAAAGGUGUCGAGGUCGGAGUAGGAAAAGGGCAUAUAAAAUUUCCUUGUAUGGCUAAUUGCAAUUCUGAGUUUGAUUUACAGACUCUGCAGAUGGUUUUGCCAAAAAGAAUGUUUGAACGGCUUGCUCAAAGAAUCGCUAGUGAAGAAAUUAAAAAAGCCAACGUUGACGGCUUAGAAACCUGCCCAUUUUGCGAUUUUGCCAUGAUUUUACCUGAACAUGAAAAGAUAUUCAAAUGUAUCAAUGAGGAAUGUUUGAUAGAAUCUUGUAGACAAUGUCGUCAUAAAUCGCAUAUUCCUUUGAGAUGUAAUGAGAUCGAGUAUGAUGAGGAUGUUAGAAGACGGACUUAUAUAGAAAAUAAAAUGACUGAAGCAUUGACUCGAAUUUGCUACAAGUGCAAAAAAUCUUUCAUAAAAUCAACUGGUUGUAACAAGAUGUCAUGUGUGUGUGGAGCCAAGCUUUGUUACUUAUGUGGUAAACCUGUCAUUGAUUAUUCUCAUUUUAAUAAUGAAGCAAUGCCCAAUGAUCCAAGAUGUCCAUUAUUCAGUAAUGAUGUUGAAGUGAAUCUACAAAGGGUAUUGAAAGGUGCGCAAGAAGCAAAAAAUGAAUUGGGAAAUGUCGAAAUCAAAUUUGAUCCUACUGCCAAUAUUCAAGAAUAUUUUCGGUAGAUUCUAUGUGAUAAUAUCAAAGUGCCAACAGUUUUAUUUACAUAAUACUAUUCUAUAUCAACCUGUGAGAGAAAAAUACUGAUAGUUUUUAUAAGUAAAUCUAUUAUUCCAAAA